GUCAACGUCAGCUGUCACAAGCCGUGAACGCGUGCACUCGUAUCCACUUCUCUCGAGCUGCCUGUGUCGCUAUGGAAGUACUGGAUUUAUCUCAAGAAACUCCUCAAUGAUACUUAAGAGUAACACAAUUUACGACAUAUUUGGUAUAAGCGACUUUUAAAAUGUGUUCAUGAAGGGUAAUGGCGUUGGAGUUUCAAAAAGGGGUGCGAAUGUGUUGUCCGGCUAGCCUUGGACUUCUACCGGCUUGGUUAGCAUUGGGAAGCUAGCUAGCUAGCUAGCUGCUAGACUUUUCUAGAACACUUAAUGGGACAACCGUGUAUUAAUUACAGAAUGUAAUGGCGUAUUGUGGCACCCUUUUAAUGGUUAAAGCAAACGGGCGCGGAGGGUAGGGCGCCAACAGAUAUGAGCAACAUUAGCUCCACGUUUAGCCAGACUUUACACAGAGAUGCUAAUAACUGCCCCCAAGUGGGGGUGACAACGGCUGACAACAACAACAUAAAGUGGGACUUGAGUGGCUGCGAGUACUGUCACGACAUGAGCCCCAUGGACGAUGCCGUGCAGCCCGGGGUGUCGUCGGUCCAACCCGGACUGGAAGCACCCCACCUGGAACUGGAACUCAACGAGGACGGGAUCCUGCUGGACUUCCCCCCAGCAUCCUACAUCGACGGCGGUGGCGGCGGCGGCGGCGGUGGUGGUGACACCGUGGAGUGCGGCGAAGGCGACGCGGCGGUGGUGGGCCCGCUGUUCGACAGGAGGAAGCGGUCUCGGUCGAACAGCUCCAAGCACCACUUCAGCGACGUGGUGGUGGAGCUCGGUCCGGAGGAAGUGCGGUGGUUCUACAAGGAGGACAAGAAAACAUGGAAACCCUUUGUGGGACAUGACUCUCUUAACAUUGAGCUAAUGUUUCGGAAAUACUGGGAGCAGAACCCCGGUGCAGCGAGCACCCAGGCGUCGGAUAGCGGUGAUGCCCCGGUGGAAGAGAAUGGAGUAUCACCGGUGGAGACGAGGACCAGGAGCGUCUCUUUGGAGACAUCCACCAACAGCAUGGACCAGAGGGACUCUGACAGCAUUGACAUCAACGUGGAGCCUGUUUGUGUGCGGGGAGGACUUUAUGAGGUGGAUGUCAGAGAGCGGGAAUGCUACCCUGUUUACUGGAUGCCGCAAGACCGCAUACCAGUGAUGAGAGGCCAGUGGUUCAUCGAUGGCACUUGGCUUCCUUUGGAAGAGGACGAGAGCGACCUCAUCGAACGCGAGCACCUGAGCCACUUCCGCGGGCAGCAGACACAAGACACCUUCGAGACCGAUUUGGUUGUCCGUACCGUCGACAGCAAAGAUGUUCUCUCCCACCUGCCCCCUUUCUACCUCCCCUUUCUGUUCAAAUGGAGUGGAUAUCAGACGAGUGCUAAAGCAACAUGUCACAAGCGCAAACGCUGCCAAGCCAUCCACAGCCUGAAGCUGACUCGGACACAUGUGGACUGGCACAGCGUGGAUGAAGUCUACCUCUACAGUGACGCUACCACCUCCAAAAUCGCUCGCACUGUGACACAGAAACUUGGUUUCUCCAAAGCCUCCAGUAGCGGAACUCGGCUUCAUAGAGGUUACGUUGAGGAGGCCUCUCCAGAGGACAGACCCCCUCAGACGACACACAUUGUCUUCGUGGUCCAUGGCAUCGGACAGAAGAUGGACCAGGGGCGCAUUAUCAAAAAUACUGGAAUGUUGAGGGAGGGUGUCAGGAAGAUGGAGGAGAAGCACUUUUCAGAGCACAACCAUGAGCAUGUGGAGUUUCUGCCCGUCGAGUGGCGUUCCAAACUGGCCCUGGAUGGAGAUACGGUAGACUCCAUCACACCAGACAAACUGAGAGGCCUGAGAGAUCUUCUCAACAGCAGUGCCAUGGACAUCAUGUAUUACAACAGCCCGCUUUACCGAGAUGAGAUCACCAAGGGACUAACACAAGAGCUGAACAGACUGUACUCUCUCUUCUGCUCCCGCAACCCCGAGUUCGAGGACAGGGGAGGCAAAGUCUCCAUCGUGUCCCACUCUCUUGGCUGCGUCAUUACCUAUGACAUCAUGACCGGCUGGGACCCGGUACGCUUCUGCCUGCAGGAGCACCACGCCGUGGAGGAGGAGCUGGACCUGCAGUGGAUGUCCUACGAGGAGAGACAUCUCCUAGAGCAACUGCGCUACACUAGGAAUAGAUUACGUGAGCUGGAAAAUCAGCUGUUAGCACUGGAAGCCUCUAAACCGUCAGCACCUCCAGCACUCAAAUUUAAGGUAGAGAACUUCUUCUGCAUGGGUUCCCCUCUUGCGGUCUUUUUGGCGCUGAGAGGAAUCCGGCCUGGUACCAGCUGCCACCAGGACCACAUCCUUCCCACUUCCAUCUGCAGCAGGCUCUUCAACGUCUUCCAUCCUACAGACCCUGUGGCCUAUAGACUGGAACCCCUCAUCCUCAAGCAUUACAACAAUAUUGCACCUGUCCAAAUACACUGGUGCAGCGCCACCAACCCUACCCCUUACGAUGAGAUGCGACUCACUUUCCUAAACCUUGUUAAAGAGCCCACAUCUGACACAGAGAGCAUCCCGAGCCCAAGCACUUCUCCUGUCCUGCCACGUAGACACUACGGAGAGUCCAUCACCAGUUUAGGCAAGGCCAGCAUAUUAGGAGCGGCGAGUAUCGGGAAGGGCAUCGGCGGCAUCCUCUUCUCUCGUUUCUCCCGCUCCAACAGCCAACCCUCCGUCUCCAUAUCGCUGGAGGGCGGGGCUAACCCUGAAGAUGAGGAGCAGAAGCGAACAGAGAGCCAAUCGGCGUAUGGCCUUUCCACCAUGGCCCGGCCCACCUCGCCCACCACUGACACAUCACUGGAUCUUGAACGCCGUGUCGACUUUGAGCUCCGGGAAGGUCUGGUGGAAAGUCGUUACUGGUCCGCCGUGACCUCGCACACGGGCUACUGGUGCUCACAUGACAUAGCGCUUUUCCUGUUGACCUUCAUAUACGGGCAGAGGAAGACGCCCUCUGACCCAGAAGAAGAAGAUAUCCCAGAGCCUGACUGAAAACCAUUUUUGAGAAGAUUUAGAAAAUGUUAUUUUUUAUGCACAGAUAUUUUUCCUAUGAUCCAACUCUAUGAACAUUUGGGAAUCAUGACCUUGUAGUUUCAUUCCAGGUUUUGUUAAUUUAAUGUUGUGUAGUUCAGUGCAGUAUCUCACCUAAACUAAGAACCUUUAAACGACAGCAACCGUAGCUAGUAUGACUACUAGUCCAUUCACCAGAGAGUCUGGAGCCUUCAUGACACUGCUGCCUGCUCCGCCAUGAGUCCAUGUUUGUUUUUGUUUUUUUUGUUUAGUUUAGUUUAGGUUUUAUUUGCCUUUUCAAACCAGCCAAACAUUGUGAUUUAAACAUUAGGGCAUUUUAAGUACUGUAUGAGGAAUCUCCCUAUGCAUCAGACAUUAGAAGAGAUUGCAGCCUAAAGUUCAGAAGAACACUUUUCAGCAUGGCCAGUUAGCAAAUCAUAUACAGCAUAGCAUACAAACUCCCAGAUCCCUUUUUUUUUUUUGUUCAGUAUUUCAGCAUCUUUGUCUUGAAAUUCCACUGUAAGCGUCAGCUUUACAGACGCCACUUGGCAGGUUCUGCUGUUACCUGUUGAAGUGUAACCAACGUCGACUGGAGCAAAGGCCACUAUUUAGUCGGGGUGUCCUGAUACAGGUUUUUCCACUUCAGAUACCGAUAUCGCAGCUUUAGUGCUAUCAAUAUGUUACAAUAUCGGCACAAAUUUUGCGUACCAUAUUUUCCAAACCAUAAGCUGCAUCAGUCAAAAAUGUGUCUUACUCGAGUAUAGGUUACAUUGACCAGUAUUAAUAAUGGAGUCAGCUAUUUUGUGUCAUGGCACCCUAAGAGAAGACUCUCAGAGGGUGGGGGGCAAUAAUUAUACUCGGUUUAUUUUUUCACUUUAAUGCCUGGUACGACUAAAGGUACUUUUGUUUUUACAAAUAUAAUGAUGAAAACAAAAAUAGCACAUAAGACAGUCAUUUAAAAAUGUAUAUCUAGCCAAAGUUUUCUUGGUAAUAACGAAAAUCACUUCAAGUUCUUACAUUGAUAGCUAUGACGUUGUACGGUGCUUUUAGGCAUUCCAUGUUCAUUCUUCAGGUAACAUACUCGUAAUGGUACUUAGUGGACAUGCAAAUGUAUCAAAUAGCCAUAUAUUCAAUUACAAAACUUCAUUUUGGUAUUCACAAAUGAAUCAAAAUAGACUGAUUGUGUAUUUAGUGGGUCGGUGACUGACACUGCAGCUACAAUCUCCAAGCUAGACAUAAUUAGUAAUAUACCCCACUUCUCAAUCCACACAGGUAUCAUAUUUCAUAUUUAAUUGUGGUUGCAAUUAUAGUUGAGGGGUAUUAAAAAGGUACUUGAAUUAUUAAAAGGUAAACUCGAAUUAUUGCGACCAUUUGGUGUCACCCCCCCCAAAAAAUACCACCCCAUUUUUUUAUAUUUUUGAUCAGCCAAACCAUGACAAAAAAAGUGCCACACAACAUUUGGUAAUUGGAGUAAUUUUGGAGUGUGAAAUGUUCGAAAAUGAGUGAUCAUGUGAUAUUACUCAGAGAACAUCACAUUCUGUGCCAGAGCGGAGUGUGGAAUGGUGAUAUCUAACAUUUAUAAUGCAGGCCGAUUUUUUGCUGAUAUUACACCGAUAUUAAUAUUGGAUCAGGACAGCCCACCUAUUUAGCAUCAACCUCCUUAUGCAAUAAAACACUUUCAAUUUUUAGAUUUAUGCCUUAUCCUUAAUAUUUGGAUAGGUUUUGAAAGAUAUAUCAUUUCCCCUGUGAUUGUUUUCAGCAUUUAAUCAUUGAUUUUCCCUUCAGGAAUUCCAAUUAGUAUUAUACCAAUGGCCUAUAUUCAUAGUAGUGUCCUUUCACAAACCCAUGCAUGGGUGCAAUGAUGCUAUUUGUAUGUGGAAAAAGAAACCAGUGCCAACAUACGCCAUAUUUGUGUAAAUGAAAUCCAUUCUAUCACACUAGCAAUGCAUGGAGAUUAGAAAUGACACUGUGCAGAUCCUACUUUUUUUUUUUUAUUUGAUCGGCAUGAUAACCAAGAGCUGCUUCUUUACAGUGCUGCUUUCUCUUCCGCGCAAUCAAGGGCUGAUGCGUCCGUGAACAGACUUCAUUGUUGUUUAUUGGUGUCAAAAGUCACUUACUGUAUGUCUUUGUAAUGUGUCCUAUUGACUGAAACCCACAGACUGCCUUCCAGACAAGCUCAAAAGAUGGAAAGAGAUCCAAGAAAUGAAAGGAAAGGCAAGGGAGUGGCACCUCGCCAUUGUUUCUUUUCCCCAUUUGUUUUCUUUACAUUUGCACAAUUUAAAUGGAGGCAGUUCAAAAUCAAAAGCACAGCUGCAUUUGACUUUUUUUUUUUAAAGGAAGAUAGUAUAUUUUUCUUAUUAAAGGCACUUUUGUAGGAUCCCUUCUUAAACAUGACCCAAUCAAGUGAAUGAGGUGUGCAUUCAAGUGUCUACUUGCCUGUAAUGGACCCUAACUUCCAUCCAAAGCACUCUUACUGUAUUUAUUUACUUUCAUUAAAU